CGGGAGGUGGGGUUGAGGCGGGGCGCGGCGCGGCGCGGCGCGGCGCGCUGAGGGCUGCCGGCCGCCUCGCCGGCAUGGAGCUGGGCCGGCUGGAGUACCUGCAGGCCCUGGUCACCGAGUUCCAGGUGACCGACAGCCCAGACGCCAAGGAGCAGGUCCUGGCCAACCUGGCCAACUUCGCCUACGACCCCCAAAACUACGAGCACCUCCGGCAGCUGCAGGUGCUGGACCUGUUCCUGGAUGCGCUCGCCGAGGACAGCGAGGUGCUGGUGGAGUUUGCGAUCGGUGGUCUUUGUAACCUGUGUCUGGAUAAAACUAACAAAGACUACAUCUUGGAGGCAAAUGGGGUAGAGCCCGUAAUAAACUGCCUGUCCAGUCCUAAUGAGGAGACAGUUAUGUCGGCCGUCACGACGCUGAUGUACCUGACAACACCGCAGUCGCGCCAGCAGACCACGGCUCUCCCAGUGGUGGCGUGCAUGCUUCGAUUCUCUCUCUCAGCCAACAAAAGGCUGAGCAAUCUGGCAACGGUCUUCCUUGAGGAUUACUGCACACCUCUCCAAGUGGAAGAGGCCAGGAAUAUAAGCAAACAUACAGCAGUGGGGAUUCCUCUUCCUAAAGACUGAAGCUGCCCAGAGCAACCUGGAGCUCUUACAAGAGAGGUGCCUCCCUCUUAGCUUCCCAGCCUCACUGCUCAGCAGGUGAAAGUAACUUUAAACAGAUGGUCAAAUCAGUGCUGGUUUUUAGUAUCAGUACAGAGGAAGGAAUAAUGCUACAAUGUGAAUCAGGCUAGACAUGAAACUUUUUAAAAAAAAAAAAAAAAAAAAAAAAAGGAGGGAGAGAAAGAGAAUAGAACAGGUUGUGGCUAGUGGAGAGCAGGCUGAUGAGUACAGCCCAGCACCCAGCUUGCAAAGAUAACUCUUCCCAGCAAUUAACCUUUUCUGCUCGUGUUAUUGGGCAGCUUACAUCCCUCCUAGCUCCUGGCUGAUUUUAUAUGGUACUGAAGUGUCACAUAAACUUUAUUCUUCCUGCAGAAGAAAGAAGGCGUUUCCCUGUCCCUGCAACUUGCAGGCUUGUUAUAUCCCUUUGGUACUAAGUUUGGCACCCUGUCAUCAUGCCAUAAGCUUCUGGUUAGUUAAUCACUAUACAGGACAGGUCAUAGCUGUGCUACAUAUGAGGAAGUGGAAAAUCGUAUUUCUUUCAUUAUCAUAGGUGAUAAAGGUGAAGAUUUAAAAAACUGCUCAUGGCAGUCUGGCUCACAAGAACAGCUGUCUUGUAAAACCUACUCUUAAUAAAACAUUACAAAACUGUU